UUUCAGUAACCCGAAGCAACAUCCUCCAAAUUCUCCAUUAAAAAAAGGCGGGAACUAGCCAAAAGCCUGGGGAGUGAUGGGACGCGCGGAUCUGCACGCCCUUCCACUUCUGCCUCUGAUUGGUGAAUAUGCUUGGCUCGUGGCGAAAACCUCACCUCAUUGGCUGUUGGUCUCCAGAGGGGCGGGCUCGCUGCGCUGGCCCCACCCAUCCUCCGGCUGCCGACGUGGGGCUGACGGCCGCAGGCGGUAGGGCCCCGGGUGCGGGUGCCGAACAGGAGGCAAGGAUGGGGGGGUUGCGGCUGCUGGCAGUGGCCCUGACGUGCUGCUGGUGGCCGCAGGGCAGCCAGGGUAAAACCCUGCGGGGCAGCUUCAGCAGCGCCGCGGCCCGAGACACUCGGGGCCAGAGCAUCGGCCACUUCGAGUUCCACGGUGACCAUGCUCUUCUAUGUGUCAGAAUCAACAACAUAGCAGUAGCUAUUGGAAAAGAAGCUAAACUCUACCUGUUCCAAGCCCAGGAAUGGCUAAAACUGCAGGAAAGCAGUCAUGGUUAUAGUUGUAGUGAAAAAUUAUCCAGAGCUCAGUUGACAAUGACAAUGAACCAGACUGAACAUAAUCUGACAGUGUCCCAGAUUCCAUCUCCACAAAUAUGGCACGUGUUUUAUGCAGACAAGUAUACAUGCAGAGAUGACAAGGAGAACUCUCAGGUGGAAGAUAUCCCCUUUGAAAUCGUGUUACUAAACCCAGACGCUGAAGGAAAUCCAUUUGACCAUUUUAGUGCUAGAGAAUCUGGGUUACAUGAGUUCUUUUUCCUCCUAGUCCUAGUGUACUUUGUGAUUGCUUGCAUUUAUGCUCAAUCAUUGUGGCAGGCUAUUAAGAAAGGAGGACCCAUGCACAUGAUUUUAAAGGUUCUGACAACUGCAUUGCUGUUACAAGCUGGUUCAGCUUUAGCUAAUUACAUUCAUUUCUCCAGGUAUUCCAAGGAUGGAAUAGGGGUACCUUUUAUGGGAAGUUUGGCAGAAUUUUUUGACAUUGCUUCCCAAAUUCACAUGUUAUACCUACUUCUGAGUCUAUGCAUGGGUUGGACUAUAGUCAGAAUGAAGAAGUCUCAAAGCAGACCUCUCCAGUGGGAUUCUACUCCUGCAUCCACUGGCAUUGCCGUGUUCAUUGUCGUAACACAGAGUAUUUUACUACUUUGGGAACAGUUUGAAGAUACUAGUCAUCACAGCUACCAUUCGCACCACAACUUAGCAGGGAUUCUCCUAAUCAUUUUAAGAAUUUGCCUAGCAUUGUCUUUAGGAUGUGGACUCUAUCAAAUCAUCACAGUGGAGAGAAGCACACUCAAAAGAGAGUUCUACAUCACAUUUGCCAAAGGUUGUAUCCUGUGGUUUUUAUGCCAUCCUGUUCUUACGUGCAUUUCUAUCCUUUUCAGUGACUACCAAAGAGAUAAGGUUAUCACAAUAGGUGUUAUCCUUUGCCAGUCUGUUUCCAUGGUUAUUCUCUACAGACUUUUCCUAUCCCACAGUCUAUAUUGGGAAGUCUCUUCUCUUUCCUCAGUAACACUGCCACUGACCAUAUCAUCUGGACACAAAAGUCGCCCUCAUUUCUGAUACUUGAUUUUUGUUGAAAGAAAAAGUGAAUUGGUUAAAGGAGUGCAAUAAGGAUCCAAAUACAGUGACUCUUUUUUCAUACAUUUGGUAUGAAAAAUUGAACUUUGAAACCAGAGCAUGUUAUUUAUAUAACUGCAUUUAAGCAGUACCAAAAUCAAAAAGGUAAUAAAUCAAAUGUUUUGAAAGAAACUUAAACAAUAAACUUUCAAGAAAGAGUGUUGUUAUAAGGUGAUUGAAGCAAUUUCCAUUUGGAAUAAAUGUGAAAAAGAACUAUAUGAUAGUUUGGUAAGAUAUUCACCACUUAUAAUGCCUCAUAUCAAUAGCUAACUCAGGUUUGAUAGUAUUUUAAAAAGUAAUCAGUUAAAUGAUUACUUGCAUAUACAUAUCUAAACUAGUCCAGUUAUGAAAUCAGUGUAAUACAUUGAUUGAAAAAACUGCUUCGUUUUAAUGCUUUAAAGAAAAUGUAUUUCAUGUUAGAGUUUAAAGAAUUUGAAAAUGAGAUUACUUCAGGAAAUGAAUAUAAAAUAUACUCAGCUACCUAAAUAAGAUUUUGUUUACUUGUGGGUGGGUUUAUUUGCCAAUUCUUUCAUUUUUGGCUCUAGUUCAGGUUUAGCUUGAUUAGCAAAGGAUUUUUGACAAAUUUAUGAAAAAUAAAACCUAGACACUUUACAUGGGUUUUAAGGACAAAGGAUUUUAAAAUUUGAGCACUUAGGUAAAGGGACAAAAAGGUUUAUGUGUCUGAAAAGAAAAAAGGAAAAGGUACUAUGCGAUAUGGUACUAAAAUUUUAAUCCUGAUAUAAUUCAUUUCUCUUACAUUGAAUCCUCAAUCAUAAUUAAGCCAUAUACCCAGAUUAAAUUAACAGAAGCAUUUCACAUAAAUGUUGGUUUCAGUCAUCAACUACCCAUGAAUUCCUGCCCAAGGAUACUUAAUCAGGAUUAAAUUUUCUAUGAAUAAUUGAAAAACAAAAUACUCACUGGGUUUGUUAUAAUCCGUGUUGGCACUGGAUUCUAAGUAGUUGCCAUCUUGAAUCCUUUGUAAUAAAGCCAUAUUUGUGGGGUUUUU